UAGGUUUUUUGGACGUCUCCGUAUUGUGAGCAGUAAGCUUGAAGUUCAUUGAAGGAUUCUUCAGAAUUGACUUGGACUAGAACACUUCGUCUAGCUUCAUCACUGCGGAUUGUGCUCAACUUAUCAAAAGAUAUAUCUAUUACCAUGGGGGACGAUAUACUGAAAGACAGUCGUUUUGCACAUUUAUUGAACGAUCCAAGAUACAAACAUGUCCCCAAAUCCGAAAGAAAAGUUAAAAUUGACAAAAGAUUCCAGUCUAUGUUCAAAGAUAAAAAAUUCAAAGCCUACACUAUUGAUAAAAGGGGCAGACCAAUUAGUAAAACUUCUAGUGAAGAUUUGAAGAAAUACUAUGAUUUGACAUCGUCUUCUGAAGAUGAGGACGAUGAAGAAGAAACAUCUGACCCAGAAGAGAAUCAACAGACCGGUAGUUUUGUUCGAGCUCCCAAAUCCGAUGAUGAUGAUAGUGAUGAGGAAGAAAGUGCUGAUGAUGAUACAACAGAUGCAAACAAUGUAAAUGAUGAAUUGGAAAGAGGAGAUAUAGGCAAAAAAAUUAAAAAGCGUUUAAAAGAUCUCACUGUAGAUUAUGCAAGAGGAGAAGCUGACAUUGCAUCAGAAAGUUCUUCCGAUGAAGAAUCAUCAAGCGAAGAUGAAGAGGAAUUAAUUUUAGAACAUUGCUGGGGCGAAUUGGACAGAGAUGCUGAACGAACCGAAGAAUCAACUUGUCGUUUAGCAGCAUGUAAUAUGGACUGGGAUCGAAUGAGGGCUGUUGAUAUAAUGGUACUUUGUAACUCAUUUUUACCAAAGGGUGGACUUAUUCACAGCGUCACAAUUUAUCCUUCAGAAUUUGGUAAACAACGAAUGGCAGAGGAGGAUGUAAAAGGCCCAGUAGAACUUACAUCCACUCCUGCUGAAUAUAAUUCUGAAGAAGAGAACGAUGAUAACGAAGAAGGAUCCAAGUUUCACAUGGAAAAAUUGAGGCAAUAUCAGUUGAAUCGUUUGAAGUAUUAUUAUGCUGUAAUAGUUUUUGAUAGCAAGGACACUGCUGAGAAACUUUAUAACGAAUGUGAUGGACUUGAGUACGAGAGCAGUGCCACCAAAUUGGAUUUGAGGUUUAUACCUGAUGAUGUUACAUUUGACGAGAAACCGCACGAUGUAUGUACGGAACUCCCAGACUUAACAAAAUAUCAACCCAGACAAUUUACAACGACUGCCUUGCAACAAGCCAAAGUCGAACUGACUUGGGAUGAAACUUGCCCUCAAAGAAAGGAACUUACAAAAAAAUUAAUGUCUGGUAAAGUCGACGAUGUGGCUGAUGCAGAUUUAAAAGACUACUUGGCAUCUAGCAGCGAGGAAGAUGAUAAUGAUGAUGAUAAAAAUAAUGGCAAUGGUGAAGAUGAUGAUUUAUCAGAUGAUUCGAAUGCAAAUGGUAAGUCGUCUUUGGAUAAGUAUAAAGCUUUGUUGCAAGAUAUUCAGAAAAAGGAAGAAGCUAAGAAAAAUAAGGAUGUCGAGAUGGAGAUUUCUUGGGGUCUUGGUCUAAAAGAUAAGUCUGAGAAGUUGGUUAAAGACAAGUUGAGUAAAAAGGAAGACAUGACGCCUUUCGAGAAAAUGGUUGAUAAAAUUAAGGAGAAGAAAAAGGCUAAACGUGAAGAACGUAAAAAGAAACUGGAACAAGAAGAAAAUACUGAUACCGAUAGUUCUGAUGAUAUCCCUGAUGGUAUUGAUAUGAACGAUCCAUAUUUCCAGGAAGAGUUCCAAAAUUCAGACUUCCAAAAGAAUAAGUCUAAGUCUAAGUCUAAGUCAAAGAAACCAGCUGAUGACUCUGAUGAUGACGAUAAGCAGAAAAAGGAGCUUGAGCUUCUCCUAAUGGACGAAGACGACCAAGAAAAAUCCCACUUCAGCCUCAAAAAAAUCCAAGACGCCGAAAACGACACAAAAUCCAAAUCAAAACGUCGCAAAAAACUACUAAAACGCAAAGCAGAUGAAUCCAUUAACAUCCCAGAUUUUGAAGUCGAUGUCAACGAUGAAAGAUUUUCUGCCCUAUACACCUCCCAUCUUUUUAAUAUCGAUCCUACGGAUUCUCAUUACAGGAAAACUAAAGGCAUGGAAAGUUUGAUCAAUGCAAAAUUGUCCAAACGAUCUUUGAAUGAUAACCAGGAACCACCAGCAAGUAAUGGUACACCGAGUAAGAAAUCUAAAACUAAUGUUGCUAUGAAUAUGAUGGUUAAGAAUAUUAAAAGGAAUACCCAAAAGAUUGCGAAUAAAUGAUUUGUUCAAAUUGAA